AUGAAUGGCACUUCCUUCCCACUUCCUCGCGUGCGGCUAAUAAACCCUACAUUUGAAAGAUCAACGGUCGCUUCAAAGAGACAAAACCAAAAGACGAUUCCGAGUUUCCACUUCAAAGCUUCGAGCUGCGAGAGGAAAAUGAUGUCCCGUCGGAGGAGAAACUGUCGAGAGAAGAAAGUAGAAGAAGAAGAACCCAUUGGAGGAGAUAUGGAGGAUCUCUUCAGCGAAAAGGAUACCCAUAACAUCAGAAUGUCUCUGCUUGAUUGGUACGAUGAUAAUCAGAGAGAUCUUCCAUGGAGGAAGAGAAGGAGCGAAACUGAAAAGGAGAGAAGAGCUUAUGAGGUUUGGGUGUCGGAGAUUAUGUUGCAGCAAACUAGGGUUCAGACUGUAAUGGAGUUUUACAAACGUUGGAUGCAUAAAUGGCCAACCAUUGACGACCUUGCCCAAGCUUCCCUUGAGGAGGUAAACGAAAUGUGGGCAGGUUUGGGAUACUAUCGACGGGCACGUUUUCUUUUAGAGGGAGCAAAGAUGGUUGUUGCAGGGAGGGAGGGUUUUCCUAAUAAAGCGUCUAGCUUGAUGAAAGUUAAAGGAAUAGGAGAAUACACAGCCGGAGCAAUUGCCUCCAUUGCUUUUAAUGAGGCGGUACCUGUUGUUGAUGGUAACGUGAUAAGAGUGCUUGCCAGGCUAAAGGCUAUCUCAGCUAAUCCGAAAGACCGGAUUACUAUCAAGAAUUUCUGGAAACUAGCUGCACAACUUGUGGAUCCUUCACGUCCUGGAGAUUUCAACCAAUCUCUGAUGGAGCUUGGUGCGACUCUAUGCUCCGUAUCAAAGCCAAGUUGCUCUUCUUGUCCUGUCUCCAGCCAGUGCCGUGCAUACUCACUUUUCCAGGAAAACAGAACCAUUCCCGUGACAGAGUAUCCUACAAAAGUGGUCAAGGCCAAGCCAAGGCUCGACUUCUGUUGCGUAUGUGUUUUGGAAAUACUGAACCAGACAGGAGGUAGAUUUGUUCUCGUAAAGAGACCCGAAGAGGGUCUGCUUGCUGGUCUUUGGGAGUUCCCAUCUGUUAUAUUGGAUAAGGAAGCUAGUGUGGCAGCAAGGAGGAAGGCGAUCAAUCUCUACCUUAAAGAAACAUUUCAUGUAGAUCCCAAGGAAACAUGCACUAUAGUUUCAAGAAAAGAACUUGGAGAAUUCGUCCACAUCUUCACACACAUACGUCGAAAAAUUUAUGUGGAGCUAUUAGUCGUACAACUUACAGAAGGGGGAACAAUUGAUCUGUUCAAAGGUGAGGCAAAGGACACUCUGACAUGGAAGUGUGUGGACAGUGAUGUUCUUUCGACCAUGGGACUGACGUCGGCUGUAAGAAAGGUGUAUUCAAUGGUUGAAGCACACAAGCAAGAUUCAUCUGUCCCGUCAAAUAGAACAGUCAUUUCCAGGAAACGAAGAAUCACAUGAUCUUCUGCUUCUCACAGUUGUCUAGCAUUUGGAUAUCAAAGGCAUCAAAGACCCAAAACACUUUCGUUUUUUUUUAAAGACCAGAAACACUUGUGAUCUUGGUUUGAGCAAUCCCUUGAGAGUUCAUUAUGUAAGCAAUAUUUAUAAGCCUCGGGUUGUUUCUUACUAUGUUUUGUGUAUUUUCGAAGUAGGAUUUUUUCUAAUCGUUGCUUUAGUUCUUUCUGUUAAAUUCAUUAUCUUGGCCCGACAUUUGCUUCAGUCGAUUUGAGGUCUGCCAAGAUAAUACCAAAUCAAUUCAAUUUUUG